ACUUCACACCCUGUAGAAGUUCCAGUGUCACUCUUGGUUAGUGAGUCACCAUCGUCAUUAUGAAGGAGCUGUUGAUGUUGCUCGCGCUCGCGGCCUUCAUGGUGGCGGUUCAGGCUUCCAGGAGAGGAAGUGAAUGCCACGACGUGAUGUUCGAGGUGAUGCAUAUGGGAAACAUGACGGAAGUUAUAGGAAGGUGUAUGGAGGAAAAUGGAAUCAUCCCAAACCUAAACGGGCCUGGACGACGACCUGGUGGCAGCAGAAGGCGUAACAGAUUUGGCAGAGGAAAGAGAAGUCCUCAUAUGAUGCGGUUCAUUUCACGUCUUCCUGAAGCAAAUCAAACAGCCCUAGGCGAGUGUAUCUUCGAGAACGAAGGCUUUCUCACAGAUGGUGGUAUGUUCAAUGCGACGGCGUUCACAGAUGACCUGAUCGCUAAGUUAGAAGAAAUAGAGCAAUCUCCGGAAGCAGAUGUUAUGUUGGCUACCAUUAAGGACGGCGUUUGUGUAGUCGAGGAGAGCAAACCUAGCUUGAUGGUGGUCUUCGGUUUCAUAAAGUGCCUCAAAGGUAGGUGUGACUCAUCAUCUGAAGCAUAACAAUUAACACGGAAAGAGCAAAGCAACGGUUACCGGAAAUUCUAUGGACGCUCCUUUCAAACUGAUCCAGUAAAUGCUGAUUAGAUUCAAAAUCGUUUGAAUCUAAAAUCUAAUCUUAAAUCUGCCUUUUUUCAACAUCUAUUCAUAAUAAAUCCUUAACAUUCA